AUGGCAUCGCUUGCGAAAAAGAGAAAGAUGAACUUUUCGGAGCGAGAGGUAGAAAUAAUUGUGGAGGAAAUAGAGAAACAAAAGCAUACUCUGGUUAACCACUUCAAUGCUGGAGUCACCCACAUUGCGAAGAAUAACGCGUGGGUGGAGAUUCUCAGAAAGGUGAACGCCGUCACCACCUGCCCAAGAGAGCUGGCCGAGGUCAAGAAGAAGUGGUCUGACAUGAAGACCGAAGUUCGGCGCAAAGUGGCCCAAGCCCGAGCCGCUAUCGAGGGGACCUCCGCGGACUGCGCUCCCGUUCCCGUCAUCCUCACUGCCAUGCAGCAGAGGAUCUGCAACCUCCUGGGGGAGGCCACCAUCAUCAGCCUCCCCGCCAGCGACUCGGAUGCCGAGAUCACCUUACCAGUCACCAUGAACACAUCUGCAACUGUGACGCUGGCGGAGACUCUUCAGACUGGCACAGGAACAGUUUGUAAUGAAGCAAAACCAUCGAAUGGUGAGACGACAUAUCACACGCUGGAAGAGGGCGGUGUGGUGGAGUACUGCACCACAACGGUAGGGGACGCCACUCCUACUGUGGUGACAGCUGUGGAAGCUCCUGUGGAGAUGUUAGCUCCAGCUUUGGCUUCACCUCCACUGUCCCAAGGUCAGACCAAGCCCCAGGAGCUGAAAAGCCGCAUUGCCCUCAACUCAGCCCGUUUACUGCAAGAGCAGAGAGUCACCAAUGUCCACGUGAGACAGAUUGCCCAGCACCUCGAGGGCCAGAAUGAACUACUGCAGAUGAUGCGCCGCUCCCAGGAGGCGCAGGCAUAUGCCCAGGAAAGACAGGCCCAAGCUCUGGAAGGCACCCAGGCUGCCUUGCUUGCUUUGGUACAGAUGCUACGGCCUGCACUUAAAGACCUGCGCAAAUUCUUGCAGAGCGGGAUGGAAGCUGCCAACUUCAGCAACACAGCCAUGGGGGGGACAACGGACGGGUCGGGAUCAGAAGACCAGGGCAAACCAAAGACCCCACCACCCCCACAGCAAGCAGAGGAGACACAUUAGACAUGGUGUGUGUGUGUGUGUGUGUGUGUGUACAUAUAUUUGUGUGUAGUGUUGAAUGCUACCUUUAUGUCCGUGUGGCGCAUAGUCAAGUUUUCUCAAAUCCAUUCCACACCUGAGAGAACCACAUACACACCUGGCAAGCGUGAGUCACCGCGUGUACCCCGUGUUCAGUAUGGUUUGUGCUUUUAGACCACCCCACAGGAAGGGUUCAAAGGUCGUGGUGAGAGUUCUUUUAGUUUUUACUCUAUUUUUGGUCAUAUUUCACACUGAUUUGAUCAAAGUGGGGCCUGAUUCAGACUGUACGUGGCUACAAACGCACAAUCUUGAGGUAUUUCUUUGUAGUAGAGUUGUCAUGGUUAAUGGUUUUCUGGGUUGAAUGUGAUGUCCAACAACUUUGAACAAGUUCUUUUUUACAAAAUAAAACAUAUAUAUUUAUGCUCCAGCACUGACAUUUAGCGACUAGUUUAAAUGAACAGACAAGUGCAACAACACACCCACGUGUCAACGUGAAGGAGGUGGUGGUGUUGCGUCGCCGUGUGUUUUCUGCUUGCCGGUGUCUCGUUUCAGUCGAACCUGAGGACAUUUACGUGACAAGGGAACAUCAAGGAAAGCCGCCGGCCCUAUUUCGUAGGACAAAGUAACGUCGGCAUUAUUUAAAGACGACGGGUCAACCUGCUUACAGAAACGGUGAGCGCACACGGAGGGCGUGUGGCUCCCUGCAGCGCCGCACCAAGGAGCAGACUUUGCAGACUCUGAGAGUAAUGGUGCACACACCAUCUAAGGCAUGCUUUAUAGACAUCUUCCUGGACUCAGAGGUCUUCAGGUUGUAGGUCCAGCUCUGUGUCUUCCAACCU